AUGGCGCUACCUGACUGGAUGGUGACUCUGGUAGCUGCUGCAUCUUUUUUCUGUUUCUUAUGUUUAUGUUUCCGCUACAGACGUUCAGGACAAGUGUUUUGGAGAAAAUUGUUCAGUAAGAUAAUGGCCCGCACGGAGAAGCCGCUGUUCCGAAUCGCGUACACACUGUACACCAGGACCAGACUUGGCUACAUCUACUACAAGAGGCAAAUGAGAAAAGCCCGGGAGCAUUAUCCUUCUGGACAUUCCACAGUUCACCCCAUGGAGUUCAAUGAUAUCAAAAUAAUUCCCAUCUCGGUGCUGUCUGACAACUACAGCUAUCUUGUAAUUGACACAGCCUCCAGUGUUGCCGUUGUUGUAGACCCUGCAGACCCUCAAACAGUUCAGGCGGUCCUCGAGGAAGAGGGAGUGAUGUUAGAAGCAAUUCUUUGUACACACAAGCAUUGGGAUCACAGUGGUGGAAACAAAGGGUUGAAACGGCUUCACAGCUCAUGCCGAGUGUAUGGAAAUGCAGCUGAUAACAUUCCAGGCCUCACGCACCCUCUCUCACAUAAGGACUCUGUAACAGUUGGCCGUAUGCACUUUAAGGCCCUCUUCACUCCAGGGCACACGGUGGGCCACAUGAUCUACCUCCUGGAUGGCCAAGCGGUCGGUGCCCCCUCCAGCCUCUUUUCUGGUGACCUGGUGUUCCUCUCAGGAUGUGGGAGGAUGUUUGAAGGCAGUGCAACAACAAUGCUGUCAUCUCUGGACACAGUCGGCUCCUUAAGUGAUGAUACGCUGUUAUGGCCUGGUCAUGAGUAUGCAGAAGACAACCUGCUGUUUGCUGCCGAGGUUGAGCCACGCAACACUGCCAGGGAAAACAAAUAUCAGUGGGUGCUGCAGCAGCGAGGCCAGAAGCUGUGCACGAGUCCCUCCACUAUUGGAGAAGAGAAGCAGUACAAUCCAUUCCUGCGCAGCCACUCUGCUGAGCUGCAUCUGGCCCUGGGCCUCCAGCAGUUCCAGGACGAAGACUGGACCCAGUUCAGGGCUCGGGUGCUGGAGGAGCUGCGAAAACGCCCUCUAGACCUCUACAACAGGAGAUAGUGCUUGUGAUCCACUAAACAGCAGGGAACAGAGCUCUGAGCUCACCUGUACUGGACAGUGGUACAAAAGCAGUGAUUUGCAGUUGUUAAAAAAAAGAAAUAAACAUGCCAAGCUGAGCUCUGAGGUGUUGUAUAAAGCCUGACUGGUUUUGUACAUUUAAAGGGGCAUUAAGUAAUUUUUGACCAUUAUCAGUUGUGACUUCGUUGUUACAUAGUCCUCGUACUAAUAAUCCUAUUACCUCUCCACACGCUGUAUUUUGUGGUAAUUUUGUGCUUAUAGACAGAGCAGUGCUCAUGCAUUGUCUCUUUGACACAGAGGCAUAAACAACAAGGAAGAUUUGCAUGAGGACCUUCCUGUUCUUACGAGUAAGUAUAACCAGAUUUCUCAUUCUGAUGUGUAAAGCACAGGGUGAGAACAGGUCUGCACACUACAUGUGUUAAUGAGCAUGUUAGGUACUGUACAGUUUACUUCACAGCCUGGUUUAUUUUUAGGACAAGUAAUAAAUUGUCUUUAAAAGCUUUUCAUGAAAAUCUCUGGUACACUGGCUGUUUUUGGUACGCUGGUUUCACAUUUAUGUGCUGCUGAAGAGUAUUUACCUUCUCCAUGGAAGAUGUGACAUUUGGACACGAGUAUUGUGAUUAUUUAAAAUUGUUAUAACAGUAACGGUACCGUUAAUUUAUCAAAUCACACAAAUACUCUUUGAUACUUUGUCAGCACAAAAUAUGGGAAGACGUUUGUACACUACCCCUUUAUGUGAAUGUCUUUGUUGUAUCUAAGAGCCAAUUUUGUUUUGACUUAAAAAAAAAAAGAUGUUACUAACAUGAGUUCUUUAUGGUGCAUGUGAUUUUCCUACUUCUUUUUUUCGCUAAAAGUUUUAUUUUAUGAUUCACUUAAGAAACAAAUGGAAUUUAUCUGUUAGUGGGCCAAAGGUGAAACAUGGUUCCUUGAAAAAAAUUUUUGUGCCUCUCAUAAAAUGAUUUUUGCUGAACUUAUUGUUUCACAUUUAGAAUUGUGUUUGUAGUGGCACUACAUAAGCAGCAACGUAUGUGAAAGAUUUGACAGGUAUACCAUUGUUAUAUGUGAAAUACGUUUCUGUUGAAGAUAUGUUUUCUUUUGUUAUGUUUAGAUACAUUACUCAUGACUGCCAACAGGAAUAAUGAUGAUAAUUCAAUUUACAUGAUGAUGUUGAAUCUGUACACAUACAUUAUGUUUUGCCACAGGGUUUAAUUGAUGUUUAAAUAUGUAAUAUUUAAGAUGGAAUUGCAAGGUCUUUCAUUUUCUUUCUAAUGUGAGAAGACAAUUUGACAUUGGCUGUGACAGUCAAAUGAAGGAAUGUUUUUAUAACCAAUCUGGAAACCAAAACUAUACAUAUUUUUUUAAUAUAUUGAAGGAUUUAUUAUACUGUGACAAUUCAGAGGAGGAAAUUUAUUUCAGUGUAAUAAACAUGGUCUUUUGUUGCGUUUUUUUAUGUCUUUUAAGGAAGUCUAAUUCAGCCUCUGUUUAGGUGGGGACGGGCUCGAAUGCAAAGGAAUAAACCUUGAAACCUUUGAGGAGAUAUAAAAGUGCUUCAGAUUCCUUCGUUGCUCCUGCAGAAGAGCUCGUACCAAAGCACCCUGUCCCCUGGUGAUUGUUGACUAAAAUGUUAUUCCAGUUGUUUGAUGCAGAUUCGCAUCUUAUUUGCAUAUCUUUGAGUUACGAACACCACCACAUAGGAGACUGUUUUACUCCAGGUUAUGUUUUAAUGAGGAAAUAUGAAAGUAAACUCCUCUAUUAGAGUUGUGUAUGUGUUGUUUGUUGUCUUUAUGAGUGCUCAAAACUGACAGCUGUGUUAUUUUUCACACUGCUACAACUUCCCUGAACUCAAAUAAAAGCAUA